GACAGGACUACACCAGGCAACACGCUGCAACUCACUGUGUCGGCGAAGAAUAAAUAUCGAUGUGCAUUUGUUUCCUUUUGUGUAGAUAAUCGAAGUUUGUGUAGGGAUUCCAUGCAUCACCAAUAAUACAUCCUUAGCACGAUGCAGCAUGCAUGAUGAAAUUGUUGAGCACAGUUUGUUGAAUGUUGAAAACAUGUCUGGAAAACUCCCAGAACUUAGCAUGCAGUCUUCCAGAGGAACAAAGAGGCUCAGGAGCAAUGAUGACUAUUGUGAGGACUGUCUUCCCAUCUCCAAGAGAAUUAACAGACUACAUAUUAAACAGGGAGAUGUCAGCUCUGACGAGGAAGUCAAAGAAAGUUCUAAUUCCACAAAACCAAAAAUGUGUUACUGUGGCAACAGAGGCCAUUUUAUCAGGGAAGAGGUUUCGCAUCUAUGUAAAACACACGCUGCUACUUCAAGGAUACCCCACAAGCAAGGAUUAGAAUGCCCGUCUACGGCCUCUGUGGCCUUUUAUAAUGGUGAAAGGUCAGAGGUCAUAGGUGACUUAGGUGACCUUCACCUUAACAUCCUCAGUGAUAAUAACAAUACUCAACAUGUGAACUGUGCUGGUAGAAAUAGAGUGGAGAAUGGGUUCGAGGCUAUUCACGGUGCAGGAUCUGGUCAUUCUUCUCAGCAUAAUAGUAUUGUCAGUCAAAGCCAGUCUCUCAAGAUGCCAAAUUAUGGUGUUCCUGAAAAUAUUGAUGAAGUCAUGAUGGAUUUAGAAAGCUAUGAACCAGAGCUGAGUGAAGCUGAGAAUCCGUAUUACUUUCAGAGUAACCACAGAUUGUUUGAAGUACAUAAAGAAAGAAUGGAGAGAUUGCUGAGAAAUGGUACUUUCUAUACUUAUCAAACAUGAUUAAUAUCGUGAUUAUUAAAUUUAAAGAUACAUUAUUGUAUGUUUUGUGCACUGUUCUUUCUGGUAUAAUUUGUGUAACGGAAGUGUGGGGGAUCUAGUUUUAGUGCUAAUUAUAUAUGCCAUUCAUUGAUAAUUUAAUGUUGAAUUCUUGUUUACCAAGCCUUAUUUAUUACUUAAGAGUUAAAUAAACACAUUCUUACUCUUCAUUUUCUUUUUAAAAAGUCGACUUUAUUGGCAGAAGGUAAUUUGGUCAUAUCCUUAUUAUUUCGAAAGUUUGAAUACUUUUUUAUAGAACUGGAAAAGAUUUCAUUGUUUUAGCGUUUUGAUACGUGUAGCCUUUACUCUAGGUAUCUUUGGACCUCCAUAAGUGGAACUUCAACAAAGUCUGUGUUAAAUAACCUUGAAAAUUUAAUGCAUGAACACCAUCAAAAUGUAAAUCGAAGUGCAUUUGCCAACUACAACUACAACUAUCACUUACAUUUUGAGACUGGGUAAAAUGUGUACAAGUUAUAUGGUGACGAGGGGAAAGGUGAUUCUAGUUGCAAAAGCUAGGUUGUCAUAUACUAGUUAUGAUGAACAGCUAUAGAGACAAUUUUCUACUGUUAAGCUGGUUUUAACUGGAACACAUAAAUUUGUCGAUGACAGACAGUUGAUUUCAAAUCAGUUAAUUGUGAAGUCAAAAUGAACUUGGUUUGUCGAAAAUUACUGCACAAAUAAUGAUUAAGAGUGAAGAUUGGAAAUAUGACGGGGUAAGAAGUUCAUUGUUACAUGUCAACGUCAAUUAUUUAGCUUAAAGUUUACCCCACUGCACAUUACGCAUUUCCAAACAAAUUAAUAGACCUACCCGUAAUAUGUUGGUUUGCCUAUUUGUCUUUUUUUUCACAUUUGAUUUUAUUUGUUUGUUGUUCUGAAUCAUUUGCCAGUCUUGCUUAUCUGUUUUUACCUCUUUUUUU